AUGAAGCCCAUCAACGCUAUCGCUAUCCCCUCCGCCGUAAUGGCCGCCAUUGCUUCACCAAUCGGCGCCUAUCAAGGUCACGUUGAGCGCGAGCUGAUUCUAAGCGGAGAAAUUGUCCCGAGCGGAACCAAGACAUACGUUGCUAACAUUCGUCUCCACCAGGAUUCCGACAGCGCCUGCGGUGGCUCCCUCAUCUCGCCUACCCACGUUCUCACCGCGUCACACUGCACCGUGAAUGCCCCACGCUGGGUGACGAUUGGUGAGCACUACCGCAAUGGCACUGAAGUCGGAGAACUGAUCAAAAUCGUGUCGAUGAUGAACCACCCGAACUACUCGGAAAGUAUCCCAAACUCUGACGACUUUAUGGUUUUGGAACUGGAAAGACCCAGUAAGUUCAAACCAGUGAAACUUGCUGCCGCUGAUGAUUCCGACUUCAAACCGGGCACAAUGGCGACCACGAUGGGGUGGGGAACAAACGCCGAUACGAACGGCAACUUCUCGUAUGAGUUGCAGCGAGUUGAUGUCCCCUUGGUGAGCGAUGAAGCAUGCGCAGCAUAUGCCACAGUCGACUCGACUAUGGUGUGCGCUGGAGGCGUUGCGAAUCAUGAUUCGUGCGAGGGUGACUCCGGUGGUCCGCUCAUCGUUGAGUCUGUCGAUGGUGAGGAUGUGCUGGUCGGUGUGGUAAGCUGGGCAAAGGACGAAUCGUGUGGGCGUGAAGGUUUCUACGGUAUCUACUCUCGAGUGUCAAGUGCCCGGAAUUGGAUCGACUCGAUCACAAGUGGCUCGUGUCUCCCCUAG